AUGACCAAAAAAUUAACUGCACAAGAGAAACAGAAUAGAAAACCAGCACAAAGAGCAUGUACAUUUUGUCAUGAAAAACAUUUACAAUGUUCAAAUGAAAGACCAUGUAAGAAUUGUGUGAGAAGAAAUAUGGCAGAUCAUUGUAAAGAUGCCGUACGGAAACGAGCAAAAUAUUUAACUAAAGGAAUUGGAAAUGAUGGUAGUGUUAAUAGUAAUAAUAAUACACCUAGGAAACGAAGAAAGAAGCAACAAGAGAUAGUAGGAGAUAAAGAGCAAGAAGAAGCUAGAUCAAAUAGUGCUGAAAUAAAACAAAUAUUGGAAAUACCGCCUCAUAUUACCAGUCCUAGCACUACAACAAAACAUCCGCUUCCUGAUACUAUUAAUUCGACUAGCGUAAGCUCCACGGCAGAAAAUCAAAUUAUUCUACCUGUGUCUUCCACUGUCACUAAUCCUAACCCAUUUCAUGCACAGCCAAGUAAUGCAAUCAUUCAUCAGCAAUCAUCAGAUAUAAUUAUUCAUAAUCCAGCAGGAGCAACAAUAACAACCACAACAGGAGUAACCACAACUGUAGAACCUCAAUCUAGACCAAUUAUCCCCACUUCCAAACUUAUUCAAUCAGAACUGCAACAACAUAUUAAUACUAUGUUAAAUACUACGAAUGAUGUUUUAAAUAAAUUAUUAAAUGAUGAUCCCUUGGAUCAACAAGAAAGUUUACAUAAUUUAACUCCAAAUAGUUCAAUUACUCCACAACCAAAUUUUAAUUCUAAUUUUUUAAAUCAAGAAUAUUUAAUGUUGGGUGAUAUAAUUUUAAAUUCAAAACCUUCUUCACCAUCACCAUCAAAUACAAGUGCUAGUGAAUAUAAUAUGAUUUCUCCAUCUAAUAGUUAUUUUGGUACUAUUAAUAUUGAUGAGUUGAAUACUACUAAUCAGAGAACACAUAAAAGAAAGGUACAAAGAUUAAAAGAUUCAAGACCAUUUAUAAGUUUAGGAUUCCCACAAGAUUCUAGAAUGGGAUUAAAUAAUUUGAAUAAUAUGGCCCAUCAAACUGAUAAUUUAUUAGAUGUUAAUAAAGAUUCUACACCUCAACAACAUCAUACUCGAAAUGAUAAUAAUCAAAUAUUUAGUCAAAAUAAUUUAAAUGAAUUAUCAAUUGAAUAUGUAUCACCAUUAAUUACUCAUCAUUUAUAUCAAUCAGUUUCUGAUAUUUAUGGAAAUAGUAUGAUUAAUUUUGAUUAUCCACAAUCAUAUCAUGCAUUAACAUUUUUUUUAAAACAACGAUUUCUGGGGAUUAAUUUAUCACAAGAACAACGACAAUUAAAGAGAAAGAAUUUAUUAAUCAUAUUGAAAUUAAUUGCAAGUUAUAGACCUACUUUUAUUUCUGCUCAUAAAUCAUUAUUAAAACCUCAUGAUUUAUUAUUUUUAGAAAUGUGUUUUCAAAGAUGUUUAAUUGAUUAUGAAAAAUUAUGUCAAUUAAAUAGUAGUCCUACUAUUAUAUGGAGAAGAACUGGAGAGAUUGUAAGCAUUACUGAUGAUUUAUUAAGUUUAUUAGGUUAUAAUCUUGGAGAUAUAUUAUCCAAAAGAACAUUUAUAAUGGAAUUAAUGUAUGAUGAUGAAUCAAUUAUAAAUUAUUUCCAAUUAUUUAAAUCAGUCGCUGUUGGGAAUUUAAGAUCAAGCAUUAUGACAAAAUUAAAAUUAAAAAGAGUUGUUAAUAAUGUCAAUAAUAAUACUUCUUCUUCAGUUGUAAGUGGUGAAGAUGAAAUUGAACAUGAUAAAUAUAUAGAAUUUUGUACUGUUUGGACAGUGAAAAGAGAUUUAUUUGAUUUACCAAUGUUAAUUGUUGGACAAUUCUUACCAAUCUUACCAACUGGUGAUGGUAUUAGAAUGUAUUAG